CUCCAGUCGCUCUCCGCCCACCAGCCGACUGAGAAGACUCCGCUCCGCCGACGCUCGUCCUCCCCCCCCCCUCGUCUGAGAGCAUAUGGCGAAAACCGCCCUCUUUCUUUCUUACAUCGUUGGGCCCACUACUCUUUAAAAAUUCCGCCGAAAAAGAGAAGACGAUUUUCCAAAACAUUCUGGCCGUUAUCUCACGGCUCCCCUGUCUCUGUACAGGUGUAUGAGCGCUACCCAGAGGGGCUAGGGGCAGCUCUCUACCGGGAGCACUUUGACUUCAACGCUGAGCCGCCUUGGGAUCCUAGCUGAUAGCGGGACAGGUCCAUCUCCUGACUUGUCCAUUUUGUUGCAUACCGGCAGGACCCCAUUGGCUCAGUCGUGACCCCCUGACUUGGUUAUCUGUUCUUUAUGAUUGUCGGCUUAGCGGAAAACGGUUAAGAUGAAAGGACUUACUGACAAACCCAGCUACAUUGAACUUCUGGAGGGAGGAGUGACCCUUGAAGAUGUCAUUGACGGACACAUCUGCGAGCAGACUCUGGCGGAGAAGAGUGCAUUUGUGGUGGGCGACCUCGGUGCCCUGAUGCAGCAGCAUGCGUGCUGGCAGAGCAUAGUGCCGGAGCUGCAGCCCUACUACCCAGUGAAGUGCAACAAUAGCCCUGCCGUCAUCCAGGUGCUGGCCUCCUUGGGCUUAGGCUUCGUUUGCACCAACAAGGCUGAAAUGAACCUGGGUCUGGAGCACGGGGUGCCACCAGAAAACAUCAUCCUGUCAGGUGUCUGCAAGCAACUGGCACACAUCAAGUACGCUGCCAAGAACAACAUCCAGUACCUUGUCUGUGAAAACGAGGCCGAGCUGUCCAAGAUUUCCCGUCUGCACCCUAAUGCAAAGUUGCUGCUGCAGUUGACCACCGAGGCCCACGCGGCUGAGACCAGCAUGGCCUUCGGCUCCUCUCUGAAGAGCUGUCGGCACCUGCUGGAGGCAGCCAAGGAGCAGGCGGUGCAGGUGGUGGGGGUGACCUUCCACAUCCCCAGUUCCUGCCAAGACUUGCAACAGGCUUACACCCAUGCGCUGUCAGAUGCCCGCUGUGUGUUUGACAUGGGGGUGGAUCUCGGCUUCAACAUGAACAUCCUGGACAUUGGAGGUGGAUUUACUGGCUCAGAGUUUCAGCUCAAACAGGUUGAGUCUGCAGUCAGGCCGCUGCUGGAUGCCUACUUCCCCCCACUGUCUGGUGUGCAUGUGUUGGCGCAGCCGGGCUGCUUCUACGUGGCUUCAGCUUUCAGCCUGGCCGUCAACGUGAUCGGCAAGAAAGUGGUGACCCACCACUGGGACAGCCUAGCUCCAGCAGAGGACAAUGAGAAUACCGAGUUCCUGUACUACAUGAAUGAGGGUGUUUAUGGUCCAUUCAGCCGCAAGCUCCUGGGAAACUCCAUCGCCGCCCCUUCAGUGCACAAGCAUGUGCUGUGUGCUGAGGAGUCGGUGUAUCCCAGCAGCCUGCGGGGCCCGUCACUGGACGAGCUGGACCAGGUGAUGGAUCGCUGUCUGUUGCCUGAGCUCAGUGUGGGAGACUGGCUUCUUUUCUCCAACAUGGGAGCAUGCAGCCUGGAGGAGUCCCUCUCCAGCUCUUCCCAGCUGCCCAUCUACUAUACUGUCUCCACAUCUGACUGGUACGGAAUGCAGGAGGCCGGUGUGGCACUGGACAGUGCCAUGAAGAAUUUCUCCAUGGUCCAGUACAGUGUGUAACUACCCUCUUUGCCCCUGUCCCACUUCAUAUUGCACAGACCCUCCUCAGCCCAUCGUUUCAUGUGGGCAGAGGGGUCCGCGUGGUAUGUAGGACCAGGGGCUAAAUGUGGUAAACAUUCCAGCCACCUUGGAAAACGCAGCGUCAUAUUAUUUCUUUCAGGAAUUUGACUUUUCCACCUCCAAAAAUUGUAAACAAUUUGGUUGUUUGACGACUCAAUUGUCUAAAAUUGUAUCUGGAAGAUUAUCUUUAUAUUUACUCCUCCCUCUGAUGGACUGUCAGCAAAAAGAACUCAAUGACAUUAUGCAACAAAAUGGACGACUCUUUGGAGAUGGGGACCCCACCCCCCCCUCCUUCCCAACAUGUUUGGGGUGUUUUUUCCCGAAAUAAUAAAAAAUCCAGUUUACAAAAUGUACAAUUGAUUUUAAUCAUUUUCUUUACUGAUCACCUGUUGACAGUUGUGUAAAUCCUGUAUCUGUUCAACACAUACAUUUUGUCUGAGAUGAUUUUUGAAGAGAUUCAGAGAAUCAAUGCCUUGUGUGGAUUCUGUACUUCAGACCCCGCACUUUGCAGAGUUUAAAUUAAAUUAUGACAAUGAUGUAACAUUUUUCUUUAUUGCAGUUCACCUCAAUGCAUUUUUAUUUAUUGGAUUCAAAUAUUACUGGGGCGUAUUUGAAGCUCCCUCUGUGUUUUUUGCCCAGGUAUUAUGCUGUGACCCAUCUAACAGUGUUUUCCUGAUAAGAUAUCAAUGUUUUUUUUGUUGUUGUUUUUUUUACGCUACAUGGAUAUAAGUGUGCUGUGAUUGCCAUUUGUGACCUCAGUGGUUUCCCUUUACUCAAAAGGCUUGAAGGAAUUGUUGUGGGAGAUUCUCUUUUCACUGAGCUUGAAUACAGAGAAGCUGCAUACACCCAAACGCACUCCUUACCUCUAAUAGAGAGACGUUAAUCUGGUUUUACAUAAUCUUGCACAAAUCUUUUGUGGGUUUAAAGAAAUACUGUGACAUUUACCAGUGCAGCCCUUGUCUUUUUUUCUUUUUUUUUUCUUUUAGUUCAUAUCAGUGUCUCUUGCCAUGGGAUUGGUCCUUGUUCUCCCAGGAUCUAAAAACCAGCAUAGGAUCUGUGUCAUCUAAAUAUGAUGUUUAUGCAGCCGAUAGAGACCGACAACGUUUAUGUCUCUAAAGUAAAAGACAUGCUAGUUGUGCACAGACCUCUCUGAGGUGCACACGAUUAAUAAAACUCCAGACUUUUCCUCAUGCCUCUCUAAAGUUACGAGGGGACAUACUGCAGUCACUUGUACAGCUCAAUCUCUCAUGUCUAAUAUUAAAGGUGACUUGACCUAACUGCAGUUUUUAAAAGAAUCCUGCCCUCUUGUUAAAAAUUACUAAUGUAUUAAUUACAUGCUUGUCUAAGGCACUAAUGGACCAUAGCCUGUUUUGACUGUAAAUUGUGCUUGUUAAAGUAAUGAAAGUGAUUAAUUUAAUACAUUUCUGACUGAAAUCAUA